AGAAUCAUUAUGGGCCACUCAGUUAGGUAGCCUUUUUCGAUCAUUGUGACACUUGGAAGCUGGACAAAGGGUGACGUAUUGGCAUCGCAUCACUGUACAAUAUGGUGGAGUCUACAGUGUGCGAAAAUGAAAAAGUGGAGCUUAAGGAGGAACAAAGGACAAACAGCAACAGCUCUGCAAAGGAGCUUGAAGAGCCACCUGAGCAUGAACCCAACACUAACACAGAAAAACCUCUGGCCUGGAAAUGGUCAGUCAUGUUCCUCUGUUUCUAUGGCUUUAUGGUUCAACUGAAGCCGGGUGAGCCAUUUAUUACACCGCACCUGCUAAGCACAGAGAAGAACUUCACCAUAGAACAGGUGACCAAUGAGAUUAACCCAGUGCUCUCGUAUUCGUACAUGGCUGUACUGGUGCCAGUGUUCCUGCUGACUGACUACCUGCGCUACAAGCCUGUCUUGGUCUUGCAAAGCAUGAGUCAUGUUGCCAUCUGGCUCCUUCUGAUGCUGUCUACCUCCUUGCUGGAGAUGCAGUUCAUGGAGUUCUUCUAUGGCAUCACGAUGGCAGCACGUGUGGCCUAUUCCUCCUACAUCUUCUCCCUGGUGCCAGCCGCCAUGUAUCAGCGUGUGGCCAGCUACUCACGUUCGUCCGUGCUGUUUGGAGUCUUCACCAGUUCGGUGAUGGGCCAGCUGUUCCUGUCUCUAGCUGGCAUCACGUACAGCACACUGAGCAGCAUCUCACUGGGAUUUGUCUCUUUCGGCUUGGUGCUUUCAAUCUGCCUGCCCUGGCCAAAACGAAGCCUGUUUUUUAACCAAAAGCACCUGGAGGAGGAAAGAAAAGCAGCCACACAGUCAGAAUUAACCAAGAUUAAACCUGAUGGGGAGAAUGAAAAGACAAGAGAUAGAAACAGCCAGAAAGCCCCAUCAUGGAUGAACUCUGUGUUUAUUCAGAUGCUAAAGGAGUUACGCAAUGUUGUAAAAGUGCCACGUCUAAGACUCUGGAGCCUGUGGUGGGUCUUUAACUCCACUGGCUAUUAUCUGGUCUUGUUCUAUGUGCAUGUCCUAUGGAACACAAUGUACCCAACCAGAGAACAAAAGCAUGUCUAUAAUGGAGGGGUUGAGGCUGCAUCCACAUUGCUGGGUGCCAUCACAUCAUUUGCGGCAGGCUUUGUGAAGAUCCGAUGGAAGGUCUGGUCAGAGCUGGUGAUUGGUGUGAUCACUGCAGCGCAGGCCGGUAUGCUGCUUUUGAUGCACCUCACUGGCGACAUUUGGACCUGCUACAUAGCCUACAUUUUCUUCAGAGGCUUCUAUCAAUUCCUGGUUCCAAUUGCCACGUUCCAGAUUGCUUCAUCUCUCACUAAAGAGCUCUGUGCUCUAGUGUUUGGAGUAAACACUUUCCUGGGAACAAUCCUGAAGACCAUUAUUACUCUCAUUGUAGUAGAUAAAAGAGGCCUGGCCCUGCCUGUGCAUUCCCAGUUUUUGUUCUACUUUGUUUACUUUACCCUGCUGACGAUGUUGUACUUGGGCUGUGCUGCAUGGGUCAUCACACAUCAUUACCGCAAUGAGAGGCGUGAGCCUACUGAGGUGUCUACACCCAUUGAUCCUGUGGAAACAGCUCAGACUGAGAAGGGCCCCCUUGCUAAUGGAACUAAUGUCAGGACCUGAAAGUUGGACUUUUUCACUUAGUUUUGUUUAGUAUUGUUUGAUAUUGUUUAGUAUUGUCUAAAUCAGACUUAUUUGAAUAACUGUGCCUUACUGAAACACAUAAGAGAAGUCUUUUUAUUUUACUGUAGUAACAGAACUAUAAACAACAAGAACAGAGCUAGUUAUAGCAUUUAGAAUGUAGAUAUUAUACAAAAAAUCAGCUAGCAUUCCAUUACGAUGAAAAAGUCAUUAAUUGAGAGACAGCUGGAAUUUCAAAGCAAUUUUUUAACAACAUUUGUUAUUAUAAUGGUCGGAAGUCCUUCUUUAGGGCAAUUUAUAUUAGGGCAUGAGGUGAAAUAAUAGUAAGAAGUUCCACAUGCUUUCUUCUGUGGGUUUUCUUAAGGUACUGCAUGUUUGCCUACUUUUUAAAAACAUGCAAGAAAUGGCAACUGAUAUUUCCAAAUAGGUGCUAGAUGUAAGUGAGUGAAUAGGUGAGUGUGUUGCCUUGAAAUGGUCUGGUGCCUUGUCCAUGGUGCAUUCUUAAUUUACAACCAGUGUUUUUAGCUGCCACAGGACAGGUUAUGUUAGGCAUAAGGCACAGUGUUGCAAAUCCACACAUGCUGUGUGUACUCUGUCCAAACUCUGUCCAAAGCUGUCAGUACUGUUUACUAGUGAAUUCAAGCUGACAAGAAAUACUAUAAUGCUUUAAAGUUUCCUGGUUUGACACUCUUCAUUUGCAUUUACCAGCAGAAUUGUAGAAUUUGCCAUUAUACCAACUUUAUUGGACUGAUGUCGAUGUGUGAUCUUCACAGCUAUGCUCUCAAUUUAAAUAUCGGCCUUCAUCAUUGAUUAAUAGGUGACUUCUUUGUUAGUUAUUGGAUAUAAUUAUAAUAAUGUUAUAAUGUCUGUUUUUUUUAAUAGUUUAGUAGGGUUAGCUUAUGAUUCAAUCCUAUUUACAAUAAACAGUUAACAUAAUUUGACUUCUCACAUUCUCAUAAAUUCUCAGAUUUAUAGUAAAUUUAUGCAGGGAUCUUGAACAGAAUUACAAAAGGUGGAUUGGCAACCUCUUGCCCAUAGGUCUAAGUGGGCAAUGGGACUAAGUGGGCUGUCAUUUGGACUGGUGCCCUGUCCAGGGUCCAUUCUUACUCCAGUUUUUUUUUGUGGUGGCACUGUACCCUGGCCAAACUAAAGCAGUUCGUAGAAAUAUAUAUACACCGAUCAGCCAUAACAUUAAAAC